AUGGACAAUGACAUUUUCCCGAUGUCUGCUGCCAAAGCUGCUGAAAACUCGCAGCAAGAUACUUUGGACACAGAUGAGUCGGACUUUGACAUCGACAUUGAUGUGGAUGAGAUGAUUCCAGGUGUCGCGGAGACCAGCGCGCAAACUGGGCGGCCCUUGCCGGUUGAUGGCAGCUCCCCUGGUAGCAGCUCACUAGCGGAAAGGCCCAAAGCUACUACCCUGGAAGUCUUUGAGGCAAGCGCAGACGCGUCUCUCAAAAGGCAAGCCCCGAGCUUUAGCAUUGAGGCGCCGGCGCCUGCACCUCCGGCUGACACCGCAGCCAGCGCGGCGACUGCAGCGGCCGCCUCCCCGGGCUCGGGCUCAGGUGCGGCGGACCCUGUGGCAUCUGAGGUCGACAUAGCGAGUCUUGACAUGCUUGAGGAUUUGGAUUCGGAGGUUUUGGACUCAGCCAGCGUGCCCGCUCCAGCCCCAGCUUCAGCUGUUGCUUUGCCCGGGGCUGCUGGUCUAGAGGCAGGGAAGCAUAGCGCGGACGAUUCGGACACAGCCAAAGGUCGCAGUGCGGCGUUUCCGUCCUCUACCCCUUCAGCUGCCUCUCUGGAAACGGUGGAAAGGGCCCCGAAAGCCCCCACAGCAGCUGCGGCACCAGCUCGCCCUGGAGGUUUGCUGGCAGCUGCAGCGGCUGUUAGAGCGGCGAGUGCUGCCGCGGGCACAGAGUGGGAUGAUAUCGCCAAUGAGGCCAAAGAGGAGCCCGGCGAUUCGGACAUAGAGCGGGAGUGGGAGGAGAUAGCUAAGCGGACAGAGGAGUUGCAGGCGAAUGCGCGGGAAAACCGAGGCGUGAUAGUGAAGCAAGACCUGCUCAGCACACCGCUCUCUUACAAAGAUGUGACUCAGUGGCUGCUCCAAGUCGAUAUCAACAGGGAGGCGUUGCGGGAAAUGCAGGAAGAGAUGGUGGAGGAGACUGGCUGCGGCUGCUUCCGGCGGCAGAGGCGCCUCACGGAGGUGCCUGGAUUGCAGCGGGAGCUGUUGGCGGAGAAGGACCUGCUUCUCUCCCUGAAGCUCACCCACUUCGAUUUCAACAACACAACUCAUCAUCGAAUGCUGCGGACCAUCUACGGCAGGCUGUCAAGGAGCAAGGUCUGUCCGACCAUUGGACGGCAUUGGGAGGUGGUGGGCUUCCAAUCCGGCGAUCCGCGGACCGACCUCAACCGCUCCGGCGGCGUCUUGAAUGUCCUGCAAAUGUUCCACUUGUUCUCCCACAAUUUCGAGAUCAUGAAAUCUGCUUACCUGCUUGCUCAAGAUGUGGAACAGAACUUUCCUCUGGCAUGCGUCUCCAUCAACAUCACUAAGAUGGUUGUGGAAGCUCUGCUGUCGGGCCGGCUGUCUAAGCUCUGCAAUGCCAGCAGCAAGGGCGUCAUUGACACUACUUGCCAAGUCUAUAGCGCAGCCAUGUACUACUUUUAUUGGCGCUGGCGCACACAGAAGCGCAUGAUCCGCGACACAGAGGUGACCUUCAACGAGGUGAAUACCCUUCUGCAGCGCAAGCCUGCCAAAUUGAUGGAGACGUUGGAGCAAGGCAUCGAAGAGUCAAAGGCGCGCUCUGACCCUUCUCGCCUGGAAUUCACGGACCUCGACUUUGGCGGCGCCCGGCCAAAGGCCAAGGCGGCGCCGGCGCCUGUGAGGUUGCAGCUCUACGAAACCACUGAGUGA